AGUCGCCGGCGACACACAGACACGCCGAUAGAUACUAAGUGUCAAUGGCGGCAACGAGGCCUGGAGUGGGAGAGGCCGCAGAGCGCAGGAGCGGGGAGCAGCGAGCAUGGCGAGCCCAUGGGACAGCCCUUCGACCAGCCUGUGGGGCACGCUGGGGCAGGCCUCCAACGUGGCGCAGCUGGUCGGCGUGGACGCGCUGGGGCUGGUCUCCAUGGUCGUGCAGGCCGCCCUGGCGGCGCGCCGCCACCGGGACGCCUGCGUGCGGCUCGCGCAGCACGUGGAGCUCGUCGGCGGCCUGCUCAGGGAGCUGGAGCUCGCCGAGCUGAUGCGGCGGGAGGCCACCAGGCGGCCGCUGGAGCAGCUCCGCGGCGCGCUGCGGCGGUGCUACGAGCUCGUCACGGCGUGCCAGGACUGCGGGUACCUCCGCCGCCUGCUUCUGGGUGCACGGAUGGCCGACGAGCUCCGCGCCGCGCAGCACGAGAUCGACAUGUUCAUCCGCCUCAUCCCGCUCAUCUCCCUCGUCGACAAUUCGACAAACAGUCGUCGUGCCAAGGCCGAGGAGGGGGUGCUCAGUGUUGUCACAGACAAUUCAAGUAGUCACAUCAGGAGUGUGUUGAAACCAUCUCCAGCAAGAGCUUUGGAAUUCUCCGAAAUAAAGGUUCAAGGAGCUACUGAACUUUGCAUUGUUGAAGAAAAAACAUCUGUAGGAAAAGUUAACAUGCAAGAACAGAAAAUCUUCAACAUUGAAGAACUCACUGAGCUUUGUACCCGUAUAGAAGAAACUUGUGUGGGAUUUGCAAAGUUCAACUUCUUUCAGAUCGUGGAUGCUACAGACAAUUUCUCAGAGAGGAGAAUACUUGGGCUUGGUGGAUUCGGUACAGUUUAUAAGGGUCAGUUGCCCAACGGACUUAUGAUUGCCAUCAAAAGACUUGAUGAGCAUGCAACCGUAUUUGAUUUCGAUAGUGAAUUGCAGCUUGCGAAGCUUCAGCAUGCCAAUCUGACUAGGUUGCUAGGGUGGUGCAUUCAUGGGAAAGAAAGGAUUCUUGUCUAUGAGUUCAUGCAAAAUGGUUCCUUGGACCAUUACAUAUCAGAAAGAACAAAAGGACAAGUGCUGGACUGGUCUAAGCGAUUCAAGAUAAUUACAGGGUUAACAGAGGGCCUUGUUUACCUGCAUAAAGGCUCCAUGUCCUGCCUUGUCCAUAGAGACUUGAAACCACAUAAUAUCCUCUUGGAUUAUAACAUGAGCCCGAAGAUUGCUGAUUUUGGAUCAGCUAGGACACUGAGUUCAGAUGUAGCAGAAGAGCGCACGAGUAGGGUUGUGGGAACCAGUGGUUACAAAGCUCCAGAGUAUGCAUCUCAAGGAGUUUACUCGCUGAAGACAGAUGUGUUCAGCUUUGGCAUCUUGGUUCUGGUGAUUAUUAGUGGCCGAAAGAAUACCAUACUCAACAAGCAAGGGGAUACUGUUGGUGAUCUUGUACGAGAUGCCUGGCAUAUGUGGAAGGACCAAAGGUUGCAUGAGCUUGUGGAUCCGUUGUUAGGGGACAGAUAUGAAGUCGCUGAGAUAACGAGAUGCGCUCAAGUGGCACUGCUUUGUGCCCAGGAAGAUCCAGCAGACCGGCCUGCCAUGACAGAUGUUGCUGCAAUGCUGAACUCUGAAAACAUAAGCUUACCAAUGGAGCCUAAGCAGCCCACCGCGCUGAUCCAUGGGUGUGCCGACAGAGACACGGCAUCGACAUACAUGAGCCAAUCAGGCAGGACAAUAGACAUAACCAUAACGAGUUCAGCUCCAAUGUCGACUAGAGUUCGAAUCAUUCUAGACCCGGAGGUUUGAUAUGACGGAGAACAUUCAGUAGCGUAUAUAAUAGUAAAAAAAAUGUAAGUGAGGAUUAUGGGCUUUUUAUGGCUCAGGUAUCGUACAUAUUUGAGAUAUCAAAGAUCAGUUAUGUGGAGUAAAAAUAAACAUGUGUGUGUGUGUGUGUCGUACCAGCUACCAGACUGAUUUUCCAUGAGCUACAUUGUAAUUCAAACGUAUAAUGUUUUUUUUCUGCUGCUACUCUA